AUGACAGUGUUCUCCAAAACUGUUAGCUUUAAUGAUCUGGUUCCUCUGUUGUCAGCACUGGAACUACCAGACACGCUAAAAAUGUUAUUUUCAUACCGAAACUUUGUCCAUGCCCUGGCCGGCGCCGUGGUAAGUAAAUCACGUUUCACACGUACGUACUACAGUGUCAGUAGUUUAUUUGCAAUCUGGCUUUUCUGUGGUUACCGUGAUGUCAUGAGCCUGUGGUAAAUCAAGUAAAAAUUUCAAACAAAUUUAAAGCAGAAAAAUAGGAGAAACUAAACUAGAUCAAACACAAGAAACUAUAGCUCUUCUGGGGAUCGAUCAGCUGACGACCACUGUGUACUUUUGACCAAUGUAAGCUUAUGACUCUCAUGUCGGUCUCGACAUCAUGCUUUCAUUGUGCUGGCACGUGUUUGUUAUACCAAACAAAUCUAGAGAUGCCUUGUUCCCCUUUCGAAUGGUUCAAAGCCUGGGGGGUGGUGAUGGUGGUGGUGGUGGUGGGGGGAAGGGGGGGUACUUGGGUUAAUUUUUGCUGGGUAUGUGCCGUUGGCCUCUCAGAAUCCCUUCCCCAUUAUAGUCUAUUAUGUGGCCAUAUUAUAGACCCCAUCUUAGUCACUUUUGGAAAAAAGUAAUUUUUGCAAUCUCAACUUUUUCACUUUCUGUUUAUGCAUGAACUGACACAUUUGUCAAACUUAAUUUUUAUUUUUAAAUCCCUACAUACCUGAAUUUUCUGACCCCCAAAAUCCUGAAAAUGUGUGACCCCAGUCCGGUAACUCUUAUAAAAAUGCAACCCCAUAAUAGUCAAUCCAUUUGUGAAAAUGCGACACCAUCCAGUGGCACAUACCUAUUAGCCUACUACUAGAAGAUGUAGUAAUGUGACAAGAUGAUCCCUGGAUUGAUAUUCUGGUACAAGGAAAGCAGAAUGAACCCCAAGUCCCCAUUAUAUAACUUUGAAAUACUGGUAGUACCCCAUGUUAGCAUGUCAGAGGGGUACAAGCAGAUACUUUGCCACACAAAAAAGGACUUGAAAAGUUUGGGUUGUCUGUAUGCAUGUCUGUCUAUAUGCAAACCUGCAUUGCAGGGAGAUUCUGAUCAGUAGUGUUUUCACUCUUGCCAAUAGUAUUAAUAAUCUUUAAUAUCGUAGGGAAGUGUGACAGCCAUGACUGUGUUUUUUCCUUUGGAUACUGCGAGAACAAGGCUACAAGGUUGUGGUUAAGUUAUAAAUGUGUACAUUGCAAAAUAGUUAACAAUAAAUAUUAUUAUUCACUCAUUACAAGUUUCCCUUUUAACAGAAAUCAGUGUAACAAUAAUAUUUUUUCAUAAUCUAUCAUCUUGAAAUGGAAUGCAAAGAGAGCACUUCCACAGCCAUGAUUUCUAGAGAAUUUUUAAGUUCUAUAAUUAGGGACAGGUUAAAUCAUUCAUUAGCAUGCAAAACUGAACAAACCUUACAUUCAUUGCAGUACUACUCUGACUGGAAGGUUAUUAGUCUAUUAAAACAAAAAUCAAUAGCUCCGACCCUGAUGAUGAUGAUGAUGAUGAUAAUAAUAAUAAAUAUUCAUGAUAAAUAAUAAGUAAUGGUAAAAGGACUGAGUGGAGUCCAAUUCCGUCUGUAAUCAUCCGAGUGAUUAACAAAAUCGCAGGAAUCCGAUUUGUUUAAUCACGAGUAUGAUUACAGACCAAAUUGGUCGACACGAAGUUUUGUUACCAAUUAAUCAUAACUUAAACAAAAUUUGUGAUAUAAUAGGCUAUUUUUUAAAUCAAAACACAAGAAAUUCUAAAUUUUGUUUUGCUGGCAGUGAAAAAAAAAAGCUAUUUAAGCAUUCGCAUGAUGGCGCAUACUGUCCAAUUACUUAGGGAUGACACGUACUGUCCUAUUAAACUGUCCAAUUAAGGCUGAAAUCAGGGCAGUUGAUAGCCAAUCAGAUUUGACAAUUUUGUUAAAGUUAUGAUUAUAAUAAUAAUAAUGAUAACAAUACUAUCAUUAUUAUUACUUUGUCAGCCUUUGUGUAGCCACAUCGUCCCCUAGACCUGGGAAAAACAGCUUGGGGAAGCUGUGUGUGGAUACAUGUUGGCUAAUACAUGUCUAUUGAAAAGACAUACUGUAAGAAUACAUCAUGGUGUCUCAAUCUUCAAGAAGGGAAGCCUUAAAUAUCAAUUUUGUAUUUUGAAGAAUCGUAAUGAUAUUGUAUUCAAUAUAAAAGCAAACCUUGACGAACAAAACAAAAUUCUUUUAAUUUGUUCUUUUCUUUUAGUUGAUGAUAAAAGGAAAGCCAAGAAUACAGCUUAUGUGUUAAGGGAUAUAUUCCAAGAGGAAGGACUGUAUGUGAAGGACUUGUUAACUAGCUAUGGCUACUUUAUAUAUUAUUAUUUAAUUUAACAGGCACCUGAUUUCACCAAAAUGGAAGAGGGAAAUUUUUCUAGACUUCAAUUUUUUUAUUCUUUUUGGUAGAAAAUCAUGUUAAGAGAAAAAUAACUUUAUUAUUGUGGUGGAAAGUACUGUGAAGUUAGACUCCCAAGCUCAGUGAUUUUGUUACCUCUGAAUCCUGCAUCCCUGGCACCUGAAAAUGCCCAAAGACGCAAAAUACAGUAAUUCAUGGCAUGCAUCCUGUUGGACAUGAAAGAUUGAUCAAUCAGUCCGAACAUGUGUAUUUCUAGAAAUAUCCAGCCCAUUUGUGUACUUUCUGUGGCAGUUAUUAUGGCUGUUGUUUAACGAUGCAUAUUUCUUUUAGUGUUUGUUGUGCUUUAAAAUUGAAGGACUAUAUUUUAAUUUCAGUCUACUGUACUAAAGAGUUUUGGAGUCUGUCUUCAGAUUAACUGUCUGGUUACCUAAAGGCCCAAGCAUUUUUAAUUUUGGACUCGUUUUUUUUUAUACUGGGACUUGGUGGUUUUGGACGAGGACUCGUGAUUUUUCACAAGAUGAGUCACACAACACACCAUAACUAUGUCACAAAAUCACAAACUGUGUUAAUUUGAUUCCCUGUUGUUUUGAGUCAUUUUAUUUAAUUUCUAAGUUUAUAUCAGAAAUUAUUCUAAGUAUAAGACAUUGUUCAUACAUAUAAGACAUUGCUACUGUUUGUUAUUUUUCAGGCAAUCUCUAUAUCGUGGUCUGCUACCAGUACUGUGCAGCCUUUAUUGUUCAAAUUUCCUUUAUUUUUACACCUUUAACGGCCUCAAGACUGUUUUUGUAGGAAAGGGUAAAACAUCUUCAUCAUUACAGGAUUUGUUAUUUGGAUAUUUGGCAGGUAUGGUGUUUUUUUUGUUGUUGUUUUUUAAAAAUUAACUCCGGCAGAAUUGUUUUGGAACAUCAACAUGGCUUCUGUUGUCAUAUAAUUUUGUUUUAGGAUAUCACCAAUAUGGCAGAUUUUGAGGUCAUAAGAAAAUGGUAAAAGAGUUGUAAACUAAAUCAAACUGAUCAGUAAUUUGAUUCUGACUGCAGUCAUGUUUGUUUUCAGGCAUUGUAAAUGUUCUAUUGACAACACCACUCUGGGUUGUGAAUACUCGCUUAAAACUACAGGGAGCUUCCUUUAGGACUAAAGGUUUAGAAACUAGUGAAACAAAGAAAUACAAAGGGAUUAUUGGUGAGUCUAUCUUUUCAUGCAAGAAAAUAAAUAGUUUUUGAUUCAUUAAGUAGUGAGUGGUUUGUCAUAUUACAGUGUACGGCACCACAGAAUAUUCCCUUUCCAAGCUAAUUAAGGGUUAGGGUUAGGGGUUAGGGGUUAUCUAAGCACCCUGUGUGCUUUGAUAUCUAUUUACCUCACGUUUUAGUCAUCAGUAACUGUUAUUGGAUUUGGCUGGGUAUAAAAAGAAUUAUGCCAGUCGAGGAGCGUGUCAUACCACCCUCUAAGAUCUGCAUAAUUUUUCAUAUCACACGCAGCCCCAUCCAGUACAUUUGCUAUUGAUUUUCAAUCUCUCAAUGAAAAAGCAGCACAAUUUGAAUCUUUGGAGCAAAUGUGAAAGUCUAUACUUGUUUUUUUUUCAUUUGGGGGAUUUUGUGGCUAUAGAAAUAUAACUGAAGUUGUUAUUGUAAUUGUCAUUGUAAUUAUAAUAUUUACACUCCCAUUGCCACAAAAUACAGGAAACAACAAAAGCCAAAAAUUAAAAAAAACAUUUGUUCUGAUUGCUUUGCAGAUGGGUUGCAGCGAAUUAGCCGUGAAGAGGGCCUGGUAUCCCUUUGGAGUGGUACCGGCCCAUCUCUUGUUCUUGCUGGUAAUCCUGCUAUUCAAUUUAUGGUUUAUGAGGCAAUCAAAAAAUUUUUGAUGGAGGAUAACAAGAAGGUAUGUGCCGUCAUACCCCACCAAAAAAAUGAAUUAAAUACAACUUGGUGACUAAAUUUAUUAUCAGUGCUGUUUCUGUUACUCAGAAUUCUGCCAAUCUUUUCUGACCUUGGGCUUGAUUGAAAUUAAUGUCUUUAAACGCUGUGAGACUGGUCAAUAGCAUAUUAGCGUCGUCCAUACAUUUUAGAGCCCAAUGAUUCAACGAAGCAUCCCAGCUAAUAUCUUGGACCGAGUCAAUUAUAACUGAUACACCCGAAAAUUUGGGAUCAUGAAUUGAAAAACGAGUACUUCUUGAAUUUGCAAGAAAAGAAUGUACUCAAACCUCUGCAUUCAAAAGGAAAGUAUUUUUGCAUCGCCGCAUGGCGUAAUGGCUCAGUUAAUUCCAAACGUGCCCAUCCCCCCCAGUAUUUGUCGAGCACUUGUCAAGCUAUGCGUUCCCGCGGUGGGGCAUCGGUUCGCAUCAAAGAUCACCCGGGCGCAGGAAAGAUGUCAUAUUCUCUGCCAUCUAUUAACAAGAAAAACUUGAAAACUUUCUGUUCGAAUUCUCCGAAAAAAGCGCUCUUCUUUACCAAAUCUUCUGCUGUGGUCGUGCUUAUGAUAAAAAGCCGCAAUUUUGAGGUAUUGCCUCUUGCUUGUAAGGUAGAUAUCAGUGAAUUUCACGCCUCCCUUAAAACUCCGGUCCCUCGAGUCAAGGAAGUGAUUUUGAUACCUUACCUUAUAAUUGGUGUUUUUGUUUUUUUAUGUGAUUAUGGUUUACAGUCUUUACGUGGAAGACAAUAUUUUGCACUGGGUGCAGUGGCCAAAACUGUUUCCACUGUGGUAACAUAUCCUCUUCAAGUGGCACAGUGUCGGCAGCGGGUAAGUUACUCCAGGCGCUUAACACUUGCUCAACACAUGCCUAGAACGUGGUCUGUUACUUCGUGUAGUAGACACAGGGGAGAAUACUUCAUAGUAAUAGGUGUCACCCUCUUAAAAUAAAGGUUAUUAUUAACGUAAAACGAAAGAACCAGCGUAUUUACUCCCCCCCCACUAGAUUUGUUUUGUAAGUUUAUUCCAGUAUUACGUGACCAGGUGCAUGAAAACCUCGCUGUGGAGAGAGAUGGUCACUAGUGAAAGCUUUGUGGUCUUAGCCUGGUUACUCCCAAAGCAACGUCAAAGAUCAGAGCUCUGAGUUCUCAUCUUCAGCGGCUUCACCAUUUGUAGACAUAUUAAAUUCUGCAAGGAGAAUACUGCAAUGCUGAUCGUACUACGUGAAAAUUUACUCUGCAUUUGUAGUUUAUUUCCUCCAACACAGCUCCGUUAAAUUCAUUGCGUUGGUUAAAAAGUAAAAUUAAUGGUAACGCUCUUGUCCUCUUUCCUCAGUCAGGACAAAAAACACCCAGUGGCAAGGGAGACAUUUUCUCUUUCAUGGCGAGAAUUGUCAAGUACGUAUUCAAGCAAUAUAAAGCUUAGUUGCUGCAAAAUACCAUUGAUAAUCUAAUCUGCAGAUUUGUUUAAAAAAAAUGAAAGUGUUAAUCUGGUCGAGUUCACUUUCGUUGAUCAGCUUGUGGAAUCCGUCUGAAGGAUUUUUGGACCGCAGUUUGUAGCUUGCUGCAGGCGAGCGCGGGAGUAGUAUUUCCCUUCAUUUUCCCCAUUUACGAUUUAAGUCGCUUCCCAUCAGCUGAACGCGGCCGGGGCUCUGCUUUUGAAAGCCUGGAACAGGCUAGACAGUUCGGGUUGUGACAGACGGAGGGACGGGUGCUCGGGGUUGUUGGAGAUAAUAUAUAUAUAUAACAUGGAGUCCUAGGUAUGAUACUUCUGGAAGCUAUAAAACGUAUUUUAGAUGCCGGUUAUUCAGCCGCGUGAGGAGGUACUGUAGAGCGCUUGGCGCGAACACUCGUCUCUCACGCUUGACUGUCUCCGCCUCCGCGCUCAGCUUAUGCCGGCUAUUUAAGUUAGAAAUUUCCCAUCGGCUUUUUUUUCAGGGGUGGGAUGGAAAGGGGUGGAUUGCAAAUAUUUUAACGACAGGGUUAUAUAGGCUUUCAUUGGCAAUGAACGUAAAAGGCAUUUUAGCAUAUCACACUUUUCGUCUUACCAAAGUAUUAGCCCGAACAACAGGCGUUUCUAUAUCGUGGGGGUUCAGGCGGGUUUUUGGGUGCAAACGGUAAGCUGACCGCGAAUUGCUUUAUCUUAUAAUACAGAUAUUUGCGGUAUAUUGUUCUUCAUCUCCCCGCUUGGCAAAUAUUUCAAAGGUUGUACUUUUUGAUGAUUUACGACGUAAAACCUGCACAAAAUACUGAACCAUGAGAUUAAGGGCGCCUUUUCUAUCUGUUUGAUUUCGGCAUUUUACGGCGAAGCAGCCAGACUUCAGUGUUACCGAGUCUUUGUUUGUGUGGUGUUAAUACAACCGCUGUAAUGAACAAUACAAGAGGAGAAAAAACACCAGUGGUGCUUCGUGAAUAGUUAGUUCAUAAAAUACGUCUUCCUUUAAUCUGAUAGCAGUCUUGCUAUUUUAAAUCAUCGUCUCACUUUAUGGAAGUAGUGCCUGCAAGUACAGAUACAAUUGAGCGACAGAUGUUCCCACAGUUGACUUCACGCAUGUAAAUUUGUGUUUUAAAAACCUCAUAAACCGUGUAACAAAGAGACCUCGUGAUAUUCUUGGGUGCAACCACAUGACAAAGUAUCUAUGUUGCGUGAUAGAACCAGAAAAAUAAAAUGUUUGCAAAGAGUUUGCUUGAGAAAAGAGGGGAGGGAAACGCUUUUGGCGCCGUGUAAACCAGCAAUAGACUGGGUGUACAUUGGACACAGCAUUCGGUGUAUUUAUUCGUAGACCUUAUAAUAUUACCCUGCGAGUAGAGGCCUUCAUCGAGAAAGAUCGAAGGGCCUCUUCUCGCAAGGUAAAUAAUAUAGGGAGUAGCAAUUAAACCAAUUAUUAUACUGAGUGUAAUACUUGGCAAAGGGCAGAUAUAAUGUUGCUAAUAGUUCAACUAGUGAAACUUAUAUCUCUCGAGCGGCACCAUAAACGAACAAAAAGAAUAAAAAAAUAAUGAUAAAUGCAAAAGCGGUUUUAUGUAAAAACAAUGAUGAAGUUUUUUUCACUCUGUUAAAAUAACAUAAUGGUUUUUAUUCGUUAUUCCGCAGGGAUCAAGGUUUUAUUGGACUUUAUAAAGGCCUGGAGGCUAAGCUUCUUCAAACUGUGUUAACAGCCGCUUUAAUGUUCGUCGCUUAUGAAAAAAUCGCUGCAUUUAUAUUUAGGUUACUUCGGAAAAGUUCGAGAUAGUCUAUGAAAUAUUGUCGAAAGGAAGUGAUUUCAGUAAAGCAGAUUUCUGAAAACCUAAUUAACAUAGAAUAAUAUACUAUUAACAAACUUGGCCGGUUGCUUAAACAAAUUACAACUGAGUUCGCGAUUUAAGGCGAUCUGUGCACCAGCAGAUCUGUUCAAGAAGAUUAUUUUUUGGAGCCAGUUGUUUUUCUACACUACACCAGUUGCCCUCUUGAUAUUACGGAGCCGGAAGCGGACUUUUUGCAUUCUUUGACAGUGGUUUUGCCCAAAUUUUCGGGCAAAUCGUCUCUGUAAGACUGAAAGACACUUGGCAAUUGACAACUACAGAAAAUAACAUAACAUACCAUAAUGCUCUUUGUUUGUCACCCCAAUGGCAAGAGAAUUAAAAUGGCCCUAAGAGAAACUGAAGACAAUGCUUAUGCAAAAUUUUGGGGUGACAAACAAAGCAUUAUGGUAUGUUAUGGUAUUUUCUGUAGUGGUCAAUAGCAAUUAGUUCGCGUCAAGGCACAUCGAAGGGAAAAGACUUUACUUCCGGCUGACGUGCUUCCCCUCAUACACGACUUUGCGUGCGUUUCGCGUAAGCACCUUCAAUGUGUACAGUAAACAACGUUCAGAUAUUGGUGUUGGCCAAAUUGAAAACACUUGAAACACUGUUUUGUUAAACGACCGCUACACUUCGUUUGGCAACCGCCCAUUGAUUUUAAAACUUUAAAGCGAAAAUAAUCCAAACCAAAUGGUUACAAUACAGAGAUAUACAGAAAUGUUUUUUUAUUCUGUUUGAUAUUUCAUGUUUUAGCAAGUCUGUGAAAGGGCAUUGCUAGGCUUUUUAGUAUUUUUUUUUCACCGUCAUUUAUCCAUUUGGCAUUUCCACAUCUCCAAUAAUACACCUUGUUUGCCCCCAAAAACUUUGCAUAACCUUUGUUUUUUAUUUCUCCUCGUUACUACAGUCGUCCCAAGAGAAAUUCAAGACAAUUCUAAUACAAGGUGUAUCAUGGGUGAUGUGCAGAUGGCGAUAUAGAGACAUUUAAGCACGUCAUUUAUGUCUGUGAUGAGAUCCUAAGCUGUAAUCAUUUGAAACUUUCAUGAUACUCUUUGGUUUUAGAAUUUUGCAAAAUGAACUUUGGGGAUUUAUUUAAAUUUCGGGUUUUAAUAUUUUGGCAAUAUUCCGUGUAGCAGUUUAUUUAACAGUACUCAUAAGGCGCCUGUAGAAAAUGGACUGGAAUCGAAUGGGAUUCAGUGAAGCACACUGCGCAUACUCGUUUUUCAUGU